UGAAACCUCUCCGUGCCAUGCUCACCCCAGCUUUGUUUGCUGUUGAGAGAGGCUGUAAGUGGCGUACAGAGCAACAGCCCAGCAAUAGGAAAGCUCGCUGAGGUGUGCAUUCUAAGUGGCCCGUUACUAUGUGGCCGUCAGGCACGUUCUUGUGGAAGAGAAGUCAUGGAUGUGAGCCAGGCAUCCGUUGACAGUGUGAUUAUGCUUGCACAGAAUACUGGAAGGCAAGCUGGUCCAGGGGCACAUGCCUGAGGCAGGGGGAUGGCUAAACAGACAAACAAACAAAACCUGAAAAAGAAAGCUCUCAAGACUCCAUCAGAAGGACUGGAAAGGUGGCUCAGUAGCUAAGAGCACUGGCUGUUCUUCCAAAGAGCCUGGGUUCAAUUCCCAGCUUACAACUGUCUGUAACUCCAAUUCUAGGGGAUCUGAUACCUUCACACCAAUGCACAUAAAAUAAAGCUAAGUCAAUUUUAAAAAAAGACUCCAACAGAGAGGCUGGAGGCAGUGUGGACAACUUUUUCCUUGGUUAGUACUUUACAAGGUGGCUACAACACUUAUUUUUCUCCUCCGUCUCCUUUUCUCUUCCUGUUUGUUCUUUUUUCUAACGAUUUAUUUAUUAAUUAUAUAUACAGCAUCUACCUGCAUGUAUCCCUGCAGGCCAGAAGAGGGCACCAGGUCUCACUAUAGAUGGCUGUGAGCCACCAUAUAGUUGCUGGAAAUUGAUCUUAGGACCUCUGGAAAAGCAGUCAGUGCUCUUAACCUCUGAGCAUCUCUGAGCAUCUCUGAGUCAUCUCUGAGCUAUCUCUGAGCCCUUCCUUUUUGUUCUUGACGUUGUUUGUCUGCUUGAUUUUUUCUUUUUUUUUUUUUUUUUUUAUUUUAGACAAGAUAUACAUUAUAGCCCUGGCUAACCCAGAGAUUACUAUGAAGCCCAGGCUGGCCUCAAAUUCAUGGCACCCCUCCUGCCUCAGCCUCCUAAAUGCUGGAAUCACAGAGAUGAGUGCUCACACCGGUUCAUAGAUUUUCAUUUAUAAUUUACAAAGUGAUUCACUUAGACUUGAUGAAGUCAUGAAUGUUGGCAGAAGGAAUGAGUCAGUAGAGAGAUGGUAUAGCCUGGACACCUUCCUGGCCGACAAGAGCCCUCUGCCAUGGGUGCCUGCUUGCCUCCUGGAGUUUCCUUAGCAACUUGCCUCCCAGCAUGCAUCAUUGGCUCCAUGAGUCAGGUGAACCAGAAGAUUACUGAGAUAGUCCUGGGCCCCAGCCUGUUGGUCAGCCUCUCGCCAGGAGACCAAAGGAAGAGUCACCGAUAUCCUGCAAAGGUUCGGAGCUCCGGAACGCCAAGGUGAACCUGACAAAAAGGAAAAGAGCAGAUAAAAACCUGCUGGCAGAGCUUCACCAACACCCUCCGUUUGAUGAAACGAAGCCCAACAAGCUUCCCAAUGGCGUGGACUUCUGCGAUAUGGUGGGCAAUGUGAUCCGGUCUGAGAAAAACCCGCUUAGUGGCAAGUCUUACUGUUUAGACAGAGAAUUAGAGAAGUUUCUAUCCUCUCCCUCCCUGAGCGCCAUCUGGCUGGACAGCUUUUGGUGGCUGUUUCAUGAACGGUACCAGCCAAACAAGGAGAUCCAAAACAAGCUGUUUGACCGAAUAGCCCGAAAUUACGCCUUCCUGUUGCUCAAGACAGUCAGGUCCCACUAUGAAGAGGCGCUCAUAAAAAGGCUCCCAUCGCUUCUGAGCAAAGCCCUGUACACCAGCUUCUGCUGCUGCUUCCCCCAGUCCUGGUUCAACACCCAUGAAUUCAAGUCAGAAAUUUGUAACACCAUGGGCCUAUGGAUCUCAGGGACGUAUCCUUGUCCAAAGAGCUAUGACAAUUGGGACUACUCGGAGCUGGAUCCGGAGAGGUUCCGGAGAGAAGAACUGAUGUUACAAAGCAGUCGACUUACAAAGGGAAGACAGUUCUCCCUCUUCACUUUUAAGAAAACCUCCACGCAGAAGGCAGAACAGAACAAAAACAAGAAAUUCUAUCGCCUUCCGUCUUCUAGUUUACCUGCGAUCCAUGAGAAAAUCUUAUCAAGAAAGCUGACCGCAGAGGACAGCUCACAAUGUCAACAAAGGAAAGAUCAGCCAACAUCAACCCUGUUCUCCCGGAAAGCCACGCAGCAAGUCAAGAGGAUAUCGGAAGCCAGAGCAUGGAUGAGUUUGUAUCUGAAAGAGUCCCACCAUGCCUGCAAAAGCCCCAAGCUGACUUCAAACCAAUUCAACCUUUAUGGGAAGAGCCCGCUAAUCGUGUACUUCUUCCUCAACUACUCCAAGCUGCAGCAGAAUGGCCAGGAUGUGCUGGUCAGCAGGAGAGAAAAGACCAAUGUCGUCCCUGACUCUGCCAUGACCUACGCUGACAUCAUCUUACUGGUCAUGAAGAACAUGGAGACUCGAAAGAGAAAGCUCAAGCGGCUGUAUCAGCUGCACGAGAAUGAGUGGACCUAUUUUAACAACUACCUGACGGAGCUGCAGGAGAACUUCGAGAGGGAGGUGAAUAUUAUCGAUCAAAAAGCAGCAGAAAGAAAAAGGGCCAACCAUGCCUUUCUCUCGCCCUCCUUUCUGAUUGAUGACUUGCUUGACAAGAAAUCCAAAGGAACCCUCCACCGAGAAACGACGUUUCUCUCAAGGAAGAAACAGAAAGAGGCGGAAGAGAAAUGGAGGGGUUUCCAGUCCCCUUUCUCAUUAGUAAGUCUCGAUAACUACUCCCUGGGCCUACAAAGCCCCUACAGAAUCGGACCUCCUUCCAGUUCCAGCAAGCGCAACGCCAAUAUGUUCAGAAUCAAGCAGGAGAUGCUCUUUAGACACCCAACGACUUCCAUGGAAUGAACGCCAAGGAUAGGCUCGGACUGCAGAGGUGGUGCCUGCCUGUGUUGUCGGAUGGCAGUGAGAGCUCUGCUGCAGCCAGGGCCAUGCUGAGUCUUCCUCAGUCCACGGGAUAAAGAAUAUUAAAGUGCUCAUCUACCAUGAGCCAAAGUGAGGGCUGAGAGAAGGUGAUUCACCUCAUCCAUUCAGACAUUUACUGAUGCAUUCUUUCAUUCACUUAUUAAUAAUAACCACACAAGGGGGCUGGAGAGAUGGCUCAGUGGUUAAGAGCAUUGCCUGCUCUUCCAAAGGUCCGGAGUUCAAUUCCCAGCAACCACAUGGUGGCUCACAACCAUCUGUAAAGAGGUCUGGCGCCCUCUUCUGGCCUUCAGGCAUACACACAGAAUAUUGUAUACAUAAUAAAUAAAUAAAUAUUUAAAAAAAAUAAUAACCACACAAUUCAACACAUCAUUACGAAACAUAGCAAGACCCUGACUCAAAAAAAAAAAAAAGUAAACAGGAAGUAUUAGAAGGGAACUGAGCUUGGUGGUGGUGGCGCACACCUUUAA